UCUUUCGUUUAUUUUAUAAUAAUCUGUCUGUUGCUGUUGUGGCCUUCCCUUAGCCUGUUGUUAUUGUUAUUGUGUCAACGUCAACGUGUAUUAUAUUAUGUCAAUGAGUCAUCAAUGAAGAAUAGGCUUUCUUACAAUACACACACACUCAUUUGAAACUUGGAUAGGAAAUUUUAAAAGUUCAAAUCUUUAGAGUAUCAAUUUUAAACUUCCUGCAGGGUUUCAGAAACCAAGGUUAAGUUAGCCCUUCAUAAUCAUAAGAUACAUUUUUUUAAAGCUUAACAAUGUCUUCAGAUACUCUGACAGUACAGGUGCCGGCAGAUGAUUCUUCUGCCCCUCCGUUUGCAAAACCAAAAAGAGUUCCUCGUCGUGUUUUACACUUCUCCGACGGGACUCUGGAAGAAUAUAGUACUGAUGAGGAAGAUGGUGUUGAACCCAAAAUUGUGCAACAAAAUGCUCAACAAUUGUCAAGUGUUGAUCCUAAAACAUUGGCGUGGAUGCCUUGGUUCUGGUACCAAACUGUGGUGGCCGGCUCUAAGACCCUAGAGGUUUGUGAUUAUCUCGGAGAAUCCUUAGCCAGCUUCUUCGGUAUCACAACGCCCAAAUACCAGUUUGAAAUCGACCACUACCAGCAAAUGUUGGCUGAAGAAGAAGAACUAAAGAAGAAACAAGAUCUUGAGAUGGGUGGAUGGGUUGGUAAGAACACAGAAAAUGGCGAGGAAGAAAAUAAAGGAAGCAUAACAAAGGCACCGUCAAUCCAAAGGUUGACAGUAUGAGUUUUGAAGAGAUUCUUCAUGGAUUGUGAUAUAUUGUUCAUAAAGCAUUCUUUUACACGUCAAUACUAACCAUUGUAAGUUUUAUUUAUUUGCAUUUGAUUAAUAUUUAUUUUUGUUAUUAUU